AUGACAGAGAAUGCAUCUUAUAUAACUGAUAACACUUCAAAUUCUGAUAUUCGUCAGGAGUCUACUACAUCAUUUAUUCUCACAGAAAGUAAAUCAUUGGAGAACAAGGAGAUCAAUGAAUUUCUGGAUUCAAAGUGUAAAGAAAGGGUUAGUAAAGAGAUUAUUCAAAGAGUUAAAAAGAAGAAACUUCAGGAUCAAGAGUUGCUCUCAACUCCUGAGAAUAAUAAUUCUAAUAUUUUGCAAGCUUUACCUUAUGGGGGCAUGCCUUCGUCUGCAUUAAAUAGGAAAAUGGAAGAAACUGAUCUACUGCUUAUUGAUACCAUUGCCCAAGUAGAUGCUUUCCAUGAUCAAGAAGAUUAUUAUACCGACUAUGCGCGAGGGCAGAUCGUUGAUCGGAAGUUAGAAGAACCCUGGUUAGAGAGUGAUCUUCCACUUGUUGAUCCAAUACGGCACCCUGAAUUAUCAUUAGGAUUUCUAGGAAACGAUCCCAGAGGGAACCAGAUUGGACCUAAUAUUAAUAAAAUUUCGAAGCAAAUGCAACGUCGCAAAACCGGUCUUACUAUAGGAAUGGGUACUAAUGCUGAUACUCAAGUCCCUGAAAAGCCAUGGACAGAGCAAGCCAUCAGGAUUGGACGUAAUAAGAUACAUAAUCAACUUAAAGAUAACACUCAUGUUUUCUCUAUACAAAGAGAAGGCAAAAUUAAUGAAGUGGGCCUGCCUAGUGAAACUAAUUAUGCGGAACACACGAUAAUGCGAAAUCCUGAAGAGUAUAAUACUAGUGGACCAAAACAUACUCCAUUCAAUAUGUAUAUGAUUUUAGCAAUUAAGGGAAUGGUUCAAACUGAAACUGGAUUUGAACAAAAGGGGGAUCAGCAAUUAGUUUUACUAUCCGGUUUUGAAAAAUCCAUUCCUAAAAAUAGUAGAGAACUUAUUCUUCCAUCAAACACCUAUCCAUUAAAACAGGAAAGACAUUUAACAUUACAAGAUAUAACAUCCCAUACUGAGACAUUUCGAAGACCAAUCCUCACUUCAAAUCCCUAUUCAAUGGAUGAGAUGCAACGUGAAAAUCAGGAAAGAAAUUUGCCAUUGCAGGAUGUAACAUUUAAUACUGGAAUAUUUCGAAGACCAAUUUUGCCUAGGGUAUUACCAGCCAUCUAUUCAGAAAAAGCGGUACAAGGUAGUCUAGUUAGUAAUGUAUUCCCUAACACACAUUUAGCGAAUAUCGCUGGAGUAAUUCGAUCACUUCGAACUGAAAGAUCUGCCCCCUUGCAAAAAAAUUCAACUCCCUUUCACAAAGAAGAAUUUAUACAACACUUAAACCAGGUAUUACCUAAAUCUGCUGAGGCGGAUAAACUUAAUAUUUAUGUUUACAGUUCCGCAUCUCCACAGGUCUCAACAGAAAGAUUGAAUUCGGAUAAUCUCUGGCAACAUACUUAUGAAAAUUCACCUAUACUGAGAUUGCCACUUCCUAAAUGGUGA